AUGAUAACGAAUACAAAAUAAUAUGUGUAAAUUUGUAAUAUUAUGUUGUGUCAGAGCAAUGACGUUUUGUUCUAAAUCUGCAAUAAUCGUUAGCUAGUGCGUUUCAAAGUGUACAAUGGGCUUUAAAUUGAAAGCUCUAGUUGUAGUUUCGUCGGGACUUGUUUUAGGUGUGUGUACGUAUGCCGCAUACCGAACAUGGAAGAAGCGACAGUACAGUGCCGAUGAUGAAGGUUUCGAAGACGUUUCGAAGUUAGAAGAAUCAUUGGAGAAGAAAGUAUUGGUAUUGGGAUUGGAAGGAUCUGGAAAAUCAACAUUAGUCUCACAAAUUGUUAAGGAAGUCGGACAAAAAAGUAUUACAUCAAAUACUUUAUACAAACCAACCGAAGGAUUUAAUGUCACAUCUUUAUCUGAUGGAGGUUCUCCUACAGUUAACAUAUGGGAAAUUGGUGGCAAAGAAAGUGUACGAAGGUAUUGGCCAAAGUUUUUCCAGGAUACAGAUAUCUUAGUGUUUGUUGUUGAUGCCAGCAAUAAUUCAAAUCAAUCAGUUGUUGUGAGCGAGAUCAAAUCAUUACUUGGCGAUGCCCGUUUGGCUUCUGUUCCCAUUUUAGUCCUCGCCAAUAAACAGGAUAUGAUUGGUGCACUUAACGCAGAACAGAUCUCAAAUGUACUCGAUUUGAAAAGCAUUCCAUCUAGAUCACAUCAAGUAAAAGUGUUAGAAACUCAAACAAGACCAGAAACUAACGAAAUCCAUCAAACAGUAUUAGAAGUCCGGAAAGUGCUCUUAAAAUUAAGUUCCCAUAUGUAACAUGAUUUUUUUUUUUUUGUUCAGUUUAAACAGUAGUAUGUAUGUAUAUAUUUUAUACUUAUACAUACAAAGUAAUAUUAUUUAAGAUAACUCAAUAUCUCAAUUGUAUUUAUUAUUUUAUAGUAUUUUCAUAUUUAAAUACUUAAAGUUCUAUAUUUCUUUGUUAAGAUAUCAUUUCAUUUAUUGGAUAACCUGAUUUUCUAAUUCUAAACAAUUAUAUAUUUUUUUUUAAUUUAAGUACAAGAUUAUUUUUAAAACAAAUAUUGUUGACGUUGGUCUAUGAUAACUGAUUAUGAAAAUAAUAACUAAUGAUAUUAGACAGAAUGAUUAAGUUUUAAGUGUGACCACAAACAUUUUAAAAGGAUAUCAAGGAGAAUACAAUAUUUUUAGAUGAUUAAAUAUAACUGUAAAUUAGAUCUGGGUUUAUAUUCAUAACAAAAAUGUAGUCAUUUUAAAGUUUAAUUUUGAAAUUUGGAAGAUAUAGAACUUAAAGCAUUUAAAAAUGUUUAUUUACUGAAAUAAUUGGUGUCAUGUUAAAAAUCAACUUGUGUAUACUUUUUUUUUUAACAUAAUUUAAAAAAAUUCCAAACGACUUUUUUUUAAUUAAGAUUAUAAAUAACUAAAAAAUAAAUUAUAAAUCGGCUAUUGGCCGUGGCAUUAAAUGCUCGUAAGCCUUUAUGCUUUUGAAUGUUAA